AACUCGUACCUGUUCAUCAGAAGUGUGUUUGCAUGUACAGUCAAUAUAGAGUGAAAAAAAAAAGAAAAGAAAUAUCCUCUUACGUGAUGUGUGAAAAAAUGUUAUAUAAAAUAUCGUAUACAAAAUGUCGCGUCUCUUUUGCUAAAUAUACAAAGGCAAAUGCAAUUCGAACGACAAUUGAAUCAAUCGUGCAUUAAUUAUUUCCAAGAUCGUGUAAUCAAUUAAACAAAUAUUUCUGAUAUUCCAGAAUAUUUACGUCACAUAAAAUUUGAGAUUUUACGUUUUUCGAUUAUUCAAAGUAUUCACAACUAAUUACCACUUAAUAUUUAUCGUUUACUCGACACGCUAAUUAAGAAUACUUGAGGCGACAAAAAUCGAAACUGCAAAACGUGAACGAUUGCGAGUUUCGAUCAAUAAAACGGACGUGGGUAUCAGAUAACCGCUUAUCCGAGUGAGAGCCACAUGAAAUGCGCAAAAGACUUCAUUUAAUCUUCGUCGCUGCCGAACAACGAGAAUAAACCAUUUGCGUCAGAACUGCAACUUUUCGCCGAGAGUUCACGUGCAUUUUUCUUCUAAUCUCAAGAAUGUGUGUCACGCAUGCGACCUGCAUUCACGUGUCGCACGUUGUCGUGUGCACGAUAAUCCGGACGGAAUACCGCUAGCGUGAGAGCCGAUUAGAGGCUUCGAUCAACUAGUGUUUUUCACUGGUUAAAUCGGAUUAGAGUUACGUCAAAGGAUGAAAUCGCUUUUAAGGUCGACGAAGUUGCACGUCGCGAACAUUCUCUGUUCGGACGUGAACGAUGGAUUUCACUCACAUAAGGGUGCAUCAAAUUCUCUCGCUGAUCUUGCUCAUAUCGGAAUCCGUGAACAUCGCAAACGAAGACGAAGACGAAGAAACCGUGACCAGAACGCAAAUGAGAUAUUCGACGAAAACGCGGGAAACGAACAAGACAAGCUUUACUACGAAAAUUGCGACUGUUCGGUAUGGAUGAGAAGUUGCGAGCAGGAAGUGAUCGAGCCCCUUCGAUCGAACAACGUGAUCGGCAACGUUCCCAAGUGGUUGAAGGGCACCUUGUUGCGAAAUGGACCAGGCAACUUAAAAGUCGGCGAGUACCGUUUCCAGCAUCUGUUCGACAGCUCCGCCUUGUUACAUAGAUUCGGAAUUGCGGAUGGAGAAAUUACCUACCAGCGACGAUUCGUCCAGACGGAGGUGUAUAAGAAAAACAUGGUCGCUCAGAGAAUAGUUAUCACCGAGUUCGGCACCUGCGCGACGCCAGAUCCUUGUCAGAGUAUUUUUCAAAGAAUCGCCUCGGUGUUCACUCCAGGCGAAGAAAUAUCGGAUAAUUCGAUGAUCUCGGUGUAUCCCUUCGGUGACGAAUAUUACACCUUCACGGAAGCGCCGAUAAUUCACAGGAUCGAUCCGAAGACUUUAGAAACAAUGGACAGAGUAAACGUGUCGAAAUAUGUUAACAUUGUAAAUCACACGUCGCAUCCUCAUGUUAUGGACGACGGCACAGUUUAUAACGUGGGGAUGAGCAUCACGCCGUUUGGACCUCGAUACAACAUUGUACGCUUCUCUCCGAGUCGCGUGAUUGUUGACGAGUUCGGAGAGGAGAAAGAACUCUCUAUGUUCGAUCAAGCGACGAUCGUGGGUAGCGUGCCGAGCAGGUGGGUGCUGAAUCCGUCGUAUAUGCACACCUUCGGCAUUACCGAGAACUACUUCAUCAUCAUAGAGCAACCGUUGGCGAUCUCUUUGAUUACCUCGACGAUUUCUCAUUUUACGCAGGAAGCGAUGGCGAACUGCUUGAAGUGGCACGAGAACGAACCCACACUCUUUCACGUGAUUUCGAGAGAAACGGGCGAAGCGGUGAGAACGUUCGUCGCGGAGACCUUCUUCUAUCUUCACACCAUCAAUCAGUUCGAGACCCGCGACAAGGAAUACAUCGUGCUGGACAUAUGCUGCUAUCGAGAUUCCAAAAUGCUGGAGUACAUGUACAUCGAUUCGAUGAAGAAUAUGCACAAAAAUGGCGAUUUUGCGAGACUGUUCCGUGCCAGACCGCUGCGUUUCGUGUUCCCGAUGAAGCAACCGUCCGUCGACACACCUCCUCAGCAGAAUCUCAUCACGAUCGAAACGGUGUAUCAGAAUUCGGAAUCGUAUCGGAAUAACAACGGCGUAUCCGACUUCGACGUUGUCAGAAAUUCGGACGUGAUCGAGUACAGCGUCGAGGCCAAGCACUGGCAGAACGAGCAUCGAAACGCGUUGCGAAAGAAACCGACUGCUCACCGAUUGUCUGACGGCAGAAUCUUCGUGAAGCCGGAACUUCUUUGCGACGUCGGCUGCGAGACGCCGCGAAUAAACGCGGAUUUCCAUCUCGGCAGGGAAUAUCGAUAUUUCUACGCGAUCUCCUGCGACAUGGACUUGGAAAAUCCUGGAACACUCAUCAAGGUCGAUAUUUUCCAAAAAACCAAGAAAACGUGGCAAGAGAAGGGUGUUUAUCCGAGCGAGCCGAUCUUUGUACCGAACCCAAACGGAACGAACGAAGACGACGGUGUAAUCUUAAGCUCGCUUGUCUGGGCGGAAAAGGAAACUCGAGUCGGUCUGCUGAUUCUGGACGCCGUGACAAUGACGGAAAUCGCGAGAGCUACCUUCGACACACCCGGCCCGGUGCCCAAGUGUCUGCACGGUUGGUUCAGUCUGAACAAAUAAAAAUCGAAAGAUGGAGACUCGUCGUCAUCGAUAAAGAUGUCGAAACUCUUGUUCUCAUAUGUAAAAAAAAAAAAAAAUAUUAUAACUCGUUGCCACAUGAUGAGGUAUUUUUAUUUGCGCUUGUAAAUGUGAUAUUACUGAUGUCACCUCGAAUAUAGCGUGUGUACAUGUCGAACAAAUUGUGUGUUGUGUAUAACAGAGCCUAAAUUGAAAUAUAAUAGCGAUCUGUGUCUCUUAUCGAA